ACCUUAAUUGAAUUUUACUUCUUGGAAUGUUUGUAUUUCUCGGGGUGUAAUUUCUAGCAAUGGAGCAGUUUGUUGUUCUUUGAAGGUUUUCAGCUGGUCAGGACUGGGACAUCUUGCCUACAUUCUUUAUUUCCUUUAUGUCUUUUGUAGCUGUAUAAAGGAAUGUUUAUGUGAUUGUUUUAAUGUCCAGUAGCAGUAAAAAAGAAUGUGAAAUAUCUCAGUGUGUUUAGUUUAAUUUUUCCCUCCCAUACUUGCAUUUGCAAGGAUUGAGAUUCUGGUUUAUAACAAUAAGCUAAUUUUAUUGAUUUGAGGGGAUUUAGACAUACCAGGCCAAGGUGUUGAUAGUUGUCCUUUUAUUCUGAACGGUGUCUAGAUUAAUAAUGCUGAAUACUUAAUAUGAGUCUUUGAUUUCCUUGAGAGCUUGCCUGGGUAACACAAUGCCAGCUGAGCGCAAAAAGCCACCAAAUAUGGAAGAAAAAGAAUCUCCCUUAAAUAAUAAAGAAAAAGAAUUUACUGAAAGGCGACCAGUGAGCACCAGGGAAAAGCCAAAAGAAGAUGUCAAGGUUGGCAUGAAGAGAGAGACUCUAAAGGUUCCUGAUGACAAAAAGAAAAAACUGGAAGAGGAUAAAAGAAAAAAGGAAGACAAGGAGCGGAAGAAAAAAGAAGAGGACAAAGUAAAGGCAGAAGAAGAGCAGAAGAAGAAAGAAGAGGAGGAAAAAAAGAAACUUGAAGAAGAGGAGAAAAAGAAACAAGAGGAGGAAGAGAAAAAGAAACAAGAAGAAGCAGCUGCUCAACUGAAAGAAAAAGAGGAAGCCCAUCAGCUCCAUCAAGAGGCUUGGGAGCGCCAUCAGGCGAGGAAAGAGCUUCGCAGCAAAAACCAGAAUGCACCAGACAACCGCCCUGAGGAGAACUUCUUCAGCAGACUGGAUUCCAGCCUGAAGAAGAACACAGCUUUUGUUAAGAAGCUCAAAACCAUUACAGAGCAACAAAGGGACUCCUUGUCCCAUGACUUUAAUAGCCUGAAUUUAAGCAAAUACAUUGCAGAAGCAGUAGCUUCUAUUGUGGAAGCCAAACUGAAAAUAUCGGAUGUGAACUGUGCAGUGCACUUAUGUUCCCUCUUUCACCAGCGCUAUGCUGAUUUUGCUCCUUCAUUACUUCAGGCUUGGAAAAAACAUUUUGAAGCAAGGAAAGAAGAGAAGACUCCCAACAUUACCAAGUUAAGAACUGAUCUGCGUUUCAUUGCAGAAUUGACAAUAGUUGGGAUUUUCACUGACAAGGAAGGUCUGUCUUUAAUCUAUGAGCAGCUUAAAAACAUUAUUAACGCUGAUCGAGAAUCCCACACUCACGUUUCUGUGGUUAUCAGCUUUUGUCGGCACUGUGGAGAUGACAUUGCUGGUUUGGUACCAAGGAAAGUCAAAACUGUUGCAGAGAAGUUUAAUUUGAGCUUUCCUCCUAGUGAGAUAAUUAGCCCAGAGAAACAACAGCCCUUCCAGAAUUUGCUGAAGGAAUACUUUACAUCUUUGACCAAACACCUGAAAAGGGACCACAGGGAGCUACAAAAUAUUGAAAGACAAAACAGGCGCAUCCUUCACUCCAAAGGAGAGCUGAGUGAAGAUCGGCACAAGCAAUAUGAGGAAUUUGCAAUGUCAUAUCAGAAGCUGUUGGCAAAUUCUCAAUCUCUGGCUGAUCUUUUGGAUGAAAAUAUGCCUGACCUUCCCCAAGAGAAACCAGCACCUGAGGAACACGGACCUGGCAUUGAUAUUUUCACACCAGGAAAGCCUGGAGAAUAUGACUUGGAGGGGGGUAUCUGGGAAGAUGAAGAUGCCAGAAACUUCUAUGAGAAUCUCAUCGACUUAAAGGCUUUUGUACCAGCAAUUUUGUUUAAGGAUAAUGAAAAAUGUUCCCAGAACAAGGAUUCUGGCAAAGAUGAAUUAAAAGAUUCAAAAGAUGCCAAAGAUAAUAAGGAAGCACCUGGGAGUGAGGAUUUGGAGUUGGAGCUGGAGAACCUGGAUAUUAAUGAUGAUGCCCUGGAGUUAGACUGUGGAGAUGAGGCAGAAGAUCUUACAAAAAAGCUUCUUGAUGAGCAAGGGAAGAGAAGGGGAGCAGAUAGCACCGGAGCUGCAAAUAGUCACCUCAAACAUGCUGAAAGAAAACAAGAGGAUGAAGAAGCCAGUACUGGAUCUCAUUUAAAACUUAUAGUAGAUGCUUUCCUUCAGCAGCUUCCAAACUGUGUCAACAGAGAUCUCAUAGACAAGGCAGCAAUGGAUUUUUGCAUGAAUAUGAAUACAAAAGCCAACAGAAGAAAACUUGUACGAGCACUUUUCAUAGUUCCUAGGCAAAGGUUGGAUUUGCUACCGUUUUAUGCAAGACUGGUUGCCACACUGCAUCCUUGUAUGUCUGAUGUAGCAGAGGAUCUUUGUUCCAUGCUGAAAGGGGACUUCAGAUUUCAUGUAAGAAAAAAGGACCAGAUCAACAUUGAAACAAAGAAUAAAACUGUGAGAUUCAUUGGUGAGCUUACCAAGUUUAAGAUGUUCUCCAAAAACGAUACUCUCCACUGCUUAAAGAUGCUUCUGUCAGAUUUUUCUCAUCACCAUAUUGAAAUGGCUUGUACUCUGCUGGAAACCUGUGGAAGAUUCCUCUUCAGAUCACCAGAAUCUCACUUAAGAACCAGUGUUCUUCUGGAGCAAAUGAUGAGAAAGAAACAAGCAAUGCAUCUUGAUGCACGCUAUGUUACAAUGGUAGAAAAUGCCUAUUACUACUGUAACCCUCCUCCAGCUGAAAAAACUGUGAAGAAAAAACGACCUCCUUUGCAAGAAUAUAUUCGUAAGCUCCUUUACAAGGAUCUCUCCAAGGUCACCACAGAGAAGGUCCUGAGACAGAUGCGCAAGUUGCCUUGGCAGGACACAGAAGUAAAAGACUAUGUUAUAUGCUGCAUGAUCAACAUCUGGAAUGUGAAAUAUAAUAGUAUUCACUGUGUAGCCAACCUUUUAGCAGGGUUGGUCCUUUAUCAGGAAGAUGUUGGAAUCCAUGUGGUGGAUGGAGUGCUAGAGGAUAUUCGACUAGGAAUGGAGGUGAACCAGCCAAAGUUUAACCAGCGGCGGAUCAGCAGUGCAAAGUUCUUAGGAGAGCUUUAUAAUUAUCGAAUGGUGGAAUCAGCUGUAAUAUUUCGAACUCUCUAUUCUUUCACAUCGUUUGGUGUGAACCCUGAUGGUAGUCCUAGUCCACUGGACCCUCCAGAGCACCUUUUCAGAAUCAGACUAGUGUGUACUAUCCUUGAUACCUGUGGGCAGUAUUUUGACAGAGGAUCCAGCAAACGAAAACUUGAUUGCUUCCUUGUAUAUUUUCAGCGGUAUGUCUGGUGGAAAAAAAGUCUGGAUGUUUGGACAAAAGACCACCCAUUUCCUAUAGACAUAGACUAUAUGAUCAGUGAUACACUGGAACUGUUGAGACCAAAGAUAAAGCUCUGCAAUUCUCUGGAAGAAGCUGUCAGACAGGUGCAGGAUUUGGAACGAGAAUUCUUAAUAAAAUUAGGAAUUGUGAAUGACAAAGAUUCCAAAGACUCCAUUACAGAAGGAGAGAAUCUGGAAGAGGAUGAAGAGGAGGAAGAAGGUGGAGCAGAGACAGAGGAACAAUCUGGAAAUGAAAGUGAAGUAAAUGAGCCAGAAGAAGAGGAGGGCUCAGACAAUGAGGAAGAAGAAGGUGAAGAAGAGGAGGAAGAAAACACAGAUUAUCUUACAGACUCCAAUAAGGAAAAUGAAACCGAUGAGGAGAAUACAGAGGUAAUGAUUAAAGGAGGAGGACUAAAGCAUGUCCCUUGCGCAGAAGAUGAAGACUUCAUUCAGGCAUUGGAUAAAAUGAUGCUGGAAAAUCUUCAGCAACGGAGUGGUGAAUCUGUUAAAGUACAUCAGCUGGAUGUUGCUAUUCCUCUCCAUCUGAAAAGUCAGCUCAAGAAGGGUCCCCCCCUUGUAGGUGGGGAAGGAGAAUCUGAGUCUGGAGACACAAUGCCAUUUGUCAUGUUAACACGAAAAGGCAACAAGCAGCAGUUUAAGAUCCUAAAUGUACCAAUGUCUUCCCAACUCGCUGCAAACCACUGGAACCAACAGCAAGCUGAACAGGAGGAGAGAAUGAGGAUGAAAAAGCUCACUUUGGAUAUCAAUGAACGGCAAGAGCAAGAGGACUACCAGGAAAUGUUGCAGUCUCUGGCACAGCGUCCAGCUCCAGCAAAUACUAAUCGUGAACGGCGGCCUCGGUACCAGCAUCCAAAGGGAGCACCUAAUGCGGAUCUAAUCUUUAAGACUGGUGGGAGGAGACGUUGAUCCAGCAGCAAGUGUCAUUUCAUUAGGUCCUGUAUCUCUGAUGUUGUGGAUAGUGGAGUCCUCCAGCGAUUAAAUGAGAGCAGUGGACACAUCUCAGCAUGUCAGUCUAGAGCGUUCAGAAUCGAAACAUGGGACAGGCUGGGGCCGUGGGGCAGAACAACCGCCUCCCCUCUUCCCCCCCAAACCCUCAUGGAACAAGUGGAAGCUUCCAGUCAUGGCCUACCAAAAAUAAAAAUAAAAUAUAUAAAAAAAGCAGCUUUUUGUUACAGGAACCACCUUGAGGGUCAAUCUUCUCAUGAGAGCAGAAGUAAAUGAAGGAGAUGGUUAACUUGACCAGUGAGCAGCUUGGUAAAAACGAAGAUCAACCUGAAAUUCAGAUGGAUUAUACUGGAACUGAAAAGGUCUUUUGCCAGUUUAGUAUGUGGGAGAGCAGAGUUCUAAACUUGACUUAAGUUGCGUUAUCUCCAAAUCGAGUGCUUUGUGUUGGAAGGAUUUUCUUUGGGGGCUGCAAAGCUACAGUAGAAAAACAUAGAGCAAACAGUGAGGUCUAAAAGAAAACCCUGACACGGAGGAAAACUUCUUAUCAAACACUCCUCAGCGAGAAAGUCUGUGGUUAAGAAAUACCCUUUUGCUGCCAGAUGAGCAAGAAAGAGGGAGUGGGGAGGGGUGAAACACUUCAGAGCCAAGGAGGUAAAAUGUCUGUUGAGGUUUAAAAUAGAAUGUGAAGUUGAUGAGCACAGGGUGUUGACUCGUACUGUUUGGAACAGCCUGACACCAGCCUGAGGACAAGGAUGUAGUUGAGCCCAUUGUAUGUAUCAUUGAAAACCAAACCGUGCCAGUCAGCAUAACAGGAGGAUGUCAAGGGGUGGAUCCAGAUAUUUUGUUGAUCUUCAUGGGUUGAUAAGCCUCUGUGUCUAUUGAAACAACAAAAAAAGUUUAAAAAGAAAAAAAAAGAUUCAAGUCUGGAAACAAGUAGAAUUUUUAUUUUUUUCUAAGUAGAAAUGAGGUUUCUUGGUCUGUUUCUGACAAUCUGUUAUUUAUUAGCAUAGGUUUUUGUUUGCUUUCAGGUAGAGGUAGUUAAUUGAGUUAAGGAGCUCAUCUGUAUGUUACUAAUUCUUUUUUCUAGCUCUUUUAAAAUCCUUUUUACCACUGUUUUGGGUUUCUGCAUGUAGGAAGAGACUUGUAAAAUUGUAACAUUUCAUACAGAAAUGCUGCCCGAUCUUCACCAGCUUCAGAAAUCUGACCUUUGCCAAUGCUGCAAUAAAGUGUUGUACUUUACAA